GGACGGACAGGGCGCGUCACCGGGCGGAGUGCUGAGCGCGACGCACCGCGUCCCGGAAGGAGCGAGAUGGCGCGCAGCGGCAAGGCAGCCAUAGUGUUGUGCCUGGAUGUAGGCUUUGCAAUGAGCAGUUCUGCCCCGGGAGAGGAAUCUUCACUUGAACAAGCCAAGAAGAUUAUGACGAAGUUUGUGCAGCGACAGGUUUUUGCUGAGAGUAAAGAUGAAGUCGCUGUAGUUUUAUUUGGCACCGACGGUACCAGGAAUGACCUCGCCAGUGGGGAUCAAUACCAGAACAUUACUGUACGUAGGUCACUAAUGCUACCAGAUUUUGAUCUGCUGGAAGACAUUCAAGAUGUGAUUAAACCAGGCUCUGAACAAGCAGACUUUCUGGAUGCAAUUAUUGUGUGUAUGGACUUGCUUCAGAAGGAAACAAUAGGAAAGAAAUACGAGAAGAGACACAUUGAACUGUUUACAGACCUUAGUAGUCCUGUCAGUGAGGAUCAGCUGGAAAUUAUCAUUGCUAACUUGAAGAAAACAGGAAUUUCACUUCAGUUUUUUCUGCCAUUUCCAGUGGAUGUUCAUGACGAAGGUGGAGAUACAAGUGCCAGUGUGCAUUCUCAAAUGCACAGAGACUCUUUUCCAAGAAAGGGUUUAACUGAGCAACAGAAGGAAGGCAUUGAUGUGGUGAGGAAACUGAUGCAUACUUUGGACGAAGGAGGAGGGCUGGAAGAAAUUUAUACUUUCAGAGAGAGCCUGGAGCGUCUCUCAAUGUUUAAGAAAAUAGAAAGAAGACCUUUCGCUUGGCCCUGCCAGCUCACUAUUGGUUCUAAUUUGUCUAUAAGGAUUCUGGCCUACAAAUCAGUCAUGGAAGAGAAGGUGAAAAAAAUUUGGACGGUUGUGGAUGCUAAAACCCUCAGAAAAGAUGAUGUGCAAAAAGAAACUGUUUACUGCUUGAAUGAUGAUGAUGAGACAGAGGUUCAGAAAGAUGAUACUAUUCAAGGGUUUCGCUAUGGGAGUGAUAUAGUCCCUUUUUCCAAGGAAGAUGAAGAGCAAAUGAAAUACAAAACAGAAGCAAAAUGUUUUUCUGUUUUAGGGUUCAGCAGAUCCUCUCAGAUCCAGAGGCAUUACUACAUGGGUAACCAGGUUCUGAAGGUCUUUGCAGCAAAAGAUGAUGAGAAUGCAGCAGUUGCUUUUUCUGCCCUUGUUCAUGCAUUGGAUGAGUUGAAAGUGGUAGCUAUAGUCCGUUAUGCUUAUGAUAGAAGAAGCAACCCGCAAAUUGGGGUAGCAUUUCCAUAUAUUAAGGAUGCAUACGAGUGUCUCAUCUAUGUGCAGCUACCCUACAUGGAAGACUUAAGACAGUACAUAUUUGCAUCCUUGAGAAACAAUAAAAAAUGCAUUCCUACAGCGGAUCAGUUAUCUGCUGUUGACUCUUUGAUUGAUUCUAUGAAUUUGGUUUAUGAAGAUGAUGAUGGAGAAACUUUUGAGGACCUGUUUAAGCCCAGCAAAAUCCCAAACCCUCAUUUUCAGAGAUUAUAUCAGUGUUUGCAGCACAAGGCUUUUCACCCCAAUGAGCCAUUGCCACCCAUUGAACAGCACCUUUUAGAGAUGCUAGAGAUGCCCCGUGUGGUAAAAGAAAGGUGUCAGGCUCCUCUUGAAAAAGUAAAAGCACUUUUCCCCCUAAAGGAAGUUUGCAAGAAAAAAGAAGAGAAGACUGCUCAAGACAUCUUCAAAGACAACAGUGAAGAUGGACCCAUUCCUAAAAAACCAAAAAUUGAAGAUGAGGAAGGUAGCUUUAGCAUCAUAAAACUUACUGAAGGCAACAUCACCUCUGUUGGCAGUGUUAAUCCAGCAGAAGAUUUCCGAAUUCUGGUGAGGCAGAAAAAUGCUGACUUCAAAGAUGAGACUAUUCAUGCAUUUGGCCUACCUAGAAGUAGAGCAAUGACUGGUUUGAUGAAAACAAUUCAGUCUAGAAGACUAUUUGCAAACCAAAUACUUAAGUAUAUAAAAAUCACUUUGAAGUUUUCUGUACAUCUGUUUCACAGAGAAGAUGAAGCCAGAUUUGUCUUUGAAGGGCAUAGCGACUGGGGGAGACGCAAAGCUCUGAGUUGCAACAAACAGAAUUUGGAUUAGAUGUUAUGGGAGAAAAAGAUAAAAAUCACAGUGAUGGUAGUCAAACAUGGAAAGAGAGGCCCAGAGGACUUGGAGACUCUCCAUCUUUGGAGUUAUUUGGAACUCAAGUGUGGAGCACUGAGCCUCCCGAUCCAUAGUGACCCCACUUUGAAGCGAGGAUUUGGACUAUAUGUCCUUCAGACAUCCAACCUAAAUCAUUCUGAUCAAUACCCACAGGCCAUUGAGGGAGACCAUUUCAAAACUGAACAUCACCUCAUAGGACACUGGAGUAGAUCAACAGCUCUUGAGCUUAAAAAUCUUAUUUCCAGUUCAGAAUAUCUUUCUUCUUUUCAGUUACAUAAAGAUGAUACUUACAGAGCAGGAGUUUAAAAUUAAUUAUUAGGUGGUUUAACUGAUUUUUUUAAUAUAAAUCAUUAUCACCACCAGUGGGUAAAUCUAAAGAUUGGUAACAACAGGAGUCUUUCAUCUACAGAAAUAGCUAUUUUUUAACCUGAUUAAUUUGGGGGGGGGGGGACGACACACCUCAAGGAAUUUAACUUGGACAAUAAUGCAGUUUUAUCUAUUAUUAUUGUGUAAUCUGGUUGGUGUAAAGAGAAAGGAGUCAAACAUGACAAUAUAACUAUACUUUUGUACUGUAAAUAUUCAGACAUAUAAGUGAAUAUAAUUGUUCAUGACAUACUUCACAAGAAUUAACAGGACUGGCGCAUGUAUUUAGAGUAGAGAAUGUGUCUGAAUGCCAGUGGGGAAGCAAUUUAAUUCUGUUAGAACUGAAAGAUCUUCUAUUCAAAGGUUAUUUUUUUAACCUGUAGUUCUCCAGCCUUUAAUCACUGUAUUUGUUAUCUAACCAAUCAGGUACAGUAGAAGGAGGAAACAGGAGAUUAAAAUUUCUUGCGAUGAUCUGCAGAACGUGGUGGUUAUUAGUGGUACUAGAAUUCUAGUUUAUGCAAAAUGUGGAAGUUCAUUAGUUCAUUUUACUUAAAUAUAUGAGGGAAUGAAGGGGGUUGGGAGAGAAGAGAAAGAUUAUUAUUACACAGUAGUGGCUUAAAUAGUCUGUCAGUUUGUAAAUCUAGGACCUUCACUACAAAACCCCAAUGCCUGAGAUUUGUCUGGGACACAUCAGAGUUAAUACUGAUAUUCACAGGUGAGUUAGAACUGGAUUGUUAUGCACAACAUGCCCAUUUGCAGAGGUGAUCUACUUUCUGCAGCACCCAAACCCCAAAGUUUCACACUAAUGCAAAAGCAGAUGAUGGGAAGGGAAGAAGGAAAGAAAAUCCUCAGAACUAGAAGUGUAAAGGAACAGAAUCCACUUUGGAGAACUUCUAGUUAUAAUCCUUAUCUACCAUCUCUGGUAUUGUCUUUGGCCCCCUGAAGUGAUUUGGUAGUCUACUCAGAACACAGGAAUUUUAUCUAUAUUAGAUUCAUCAAUCAUUGGCCUGUUGUUUAAGGGAGACCCAGUGGACGGACCCAAUUUUAGCCAAGCUGUUUCAAUAUGUUAGAAGACUCCGAUUUAAAAUAUUGUUGCCAUGUAACCUGUUUCCUGCAUAUAUUAUGGUCUUUCAGUGCUUAGUAAAACAUUGUAGGGUGUUUUUGGUUCCUUACAACAGAUUUCAAAAGGAGACAGCUCACAGUCAGUAGUAGCAAGAAAGUCUUUUCUUCUGAUGCCUGCCAGUGCAAUCAAAUGGAAAGGGAUUUUAAAAAAAAAAAUUAAAUGCAAAAGAAAUAGAGUGUCUGAUAAUUCAAACAGUGUGCUGGAAUCAUUCUGACAAUAAAGACUUUUAUUGCACCCUUGUAGUGCCUGGGGUUUUAAUUUAACACAUCAAUGAAAAGGCUGCAUUUAAAAAAAACACCACCACCACUGAAAACACCAGCAGGACUUGCUUUUAUUAGUGCAAUUCGUAAGAAAUUAGAACAUUUAAUGAGAAAAUCGUUAACCAUGAAAAAAAUGGACUGACUUAACUUGGGGAGCUUAAGUAGUGAGACUUCAAUUUAGUUUGUCAGCUACUGGUAAAAUAAAUAAGAGUGAGCUGAUCACCUCUGGAGCAGUAGGCACUUCAGCACACUUUCUUGUGUGAUAGCUGCUGUUGGACAGAACUGUUAUCGGCCUCCUUUUCUAGAAACUCUGUAGAGUCAAAAGCUAGUGAGAUAGUAUCAAACAUUUCUUGUUCCGUUCUUUUCACAGAUGCUGUUCAUCAAUCUUUUCACAGAUUCAGUUCAAUUAGGCAUUUUAUGGAACAUAAAUAUAACAGCUAGCACUUUGCAUGCUUACAGUGAGCAGAGUGGAAUACAGUAUUUAAACAAUGUCUGCUUCUUGGUAUGUUUAUUUAUCCUUGUCUCUUCCAUUACUCUGGCAGAUUAUUUUCUAUGUUGAUGUUUCCAUGGCCAAAAUAGUUGCAGUGACUUCUAUGCCCAUACCAUCUGAACAUAAGGUCUGUAGGUCAGACUAAAGGUUCUGCUAAUCCAGUAACCCAUCUUUAACAGUACAAGAACAGGACAGGCAGAUGCUGUGAUUUGUCCAGAAUGCUUUCCUGCAUUUUCUUCCUCAAUGGCAACAUCAUCUUUAGUCUCCAUUCAUGGAUUUCCUCUUUUAAGGAUUCUAAGCAUUUGUUCAAGAAUUUUUUUAAGCCGUUAAGACUUCUAGCAUCCCACAGCAGCCUGUGGUAAAGAGUUUAACUGAUUUUGUUUGAAGAGGUACACUUUUUUCAUUUGUUCUCAACCCAACUCUUUGCUUUUGUUUUGAGAGAGUCAGUGGACUUUCAGUCCUUGUUUAUCCUUUUCACAGUGCUUCUAAGUUUAUAGAUCACUGUUGUAUGCGCUUCCCACUUGCCCUUUCCCAGGCUAUGUCUGCCAGAGGGUAAAAUCGGACAGUUCCUCACCUGUAAUUAAACAUGAAGAAAAUAAAGUACUGAAAUCCAGCAGAAUUUAGUUGGGCUUGCAGAGCUCCUGGUGACGUUUUCACUUGUCACAUUUGCAGUUUUUUACAUCUACCUAGCUUUUAGGAGCUCAACAGUGAGGAUGAAACUGGUGUUCCCCUUCUUAUUAGUACAAGUCUCAUUGUGUCUGCUUCUCUGUCAGGCAUGUACAGGUUAUAAUACUUAUCUCCAUAAUCAUAAAGAGCAUUGCCCUGAUGGAAAACUCAUCAGACUACCUGUACAGAGACAAGAUAUACUCUACUGUCAAUAACGACAAGGUAGUCUUUUAACUCCAAUCACCCUACAGCUAUUGUUUUGACGUUAUUACAACUUCAUUGUAAAUUUAACACUUUUAUUGAAAUAUGCACAUAUUUCAAAGGAUGUUUAGGGGAUAUGCUUUGUGUUGCAGAACAAAACCUCCCUCAGCUUUAGGAUCCCAAAUGUUCUGGUUUUACAUUCUAUCAAACAAGCUAUGCUAGUGCUUUUUUUUCUUGGCUUUCAGGGAAAGACUUUUCCCUUGGCCAUGCUUGGGUUUCUUCCUAGUAUAUCUAGCUUUUCCAGAGAGGCUGAAGUAAUUGUCAGUAGCUUAGAUAACAAUUAUCAACUUGAGUAGCUUGAGGCGGUAUGGGUAUGAUUAACUCUUUUCAUGCCUGUAAAAUAGAAGAAGAGAGACUUAAAGGAAAAAUAUUUUUUUGCCUUGAAAUUGUGCAUUCUUUGAUUUAUUUCCUUCUCCUU